UUAAUAAGGAGAGCACAAUUUGACAACAAUGGCGCCAAGCAAGCUUCAGAAAGCCAUCGGCGCGGUGAAGGACCAGACGAGCAUCGGCCUGGCCAAGGUCGGCAACAGCGCCUCCAUCUCCGAUCUCGAAGUCGCCAUCGUGAAGGCCACGCGCCACGAGGAGUACCCGCCGGACGAGCGCUACGUCCGCGAGAUUAUCAACCUCACCACCUACUCACGCGCCUUCGUCAGUUCCUGCGUCCGCACCAUCGCUCGUCGACUCAACAGGACCAAAAACUGGGUGGUUGCGCUCAAGGCGCUCAUGCUCAUCCAGCGUCUCCUCGCCGAGGGCGACGUCGCCUACGAGCAGGAAAUCUUCUUCGCCACGCGCCGCGGCACGCGCCUCCUCAACCUCUCCGACUUCCGCAACACCUCCGGCAACUCUCACGCCUGGGACUACUCCGCCUUCGUCCGCUCCUACGCACUCUACCUGGACGAGCAGCUCGAGAUGCGAAUGCAAGGACGCCGAGGCAAGCACAGCGCCUACGGAUACCACCUCGAGGAAGACGAACAUGGCGGCUCACCCAAGUCCUCGCCGGCCGCCGGAAAAUCCACUCCGGUACACGAAUUGAAGACCGAGAGCCUCUUCACCAAGGUCCACCGCCUCCUCCAGCUUCUCGACAGGUUUUUAGCCUGCCGCCCUACAGGUGCCGCAAGGGAUCACAGGGUCGUGAUCGUAGCUCUGUAUCCCAUUGUGAAGGAAAGCUUUCGGCUAUACUACGACAUUACGGAGAUCCUCGGCGUGCUGAUCGAGCGAUUCCUCGACCUCGAGCCGUCGCAUAUGGUCCGAGUUCACGACAUCUUCUCCCGCGCCGUGAAGCAGUACGACGAGCUCGAUGCCUUCUAUGCAUGGAGCAAGACCGUCGGGAUUGCCCGUUCGUCAGAGUAUCCGGAUGUCGAGAAAAUCUCGCAGAAGAAGCUCGACAUGAUGGACGAGUAUGUCCGGGAGAAGACUGUCGCCAGCAGGCUUCCACCGGAGCCAGAACCCGAACCGGAACCCGAGCCAGAACCCGAGCCUGAGGAGGACAUGAACAACAUUAAGGCGUUGCCACCGCCGGAGGAGGUGCCGGAAGAACCGGAGGAGGAGAUGACUGCGAUCGUGGAGGUGCCUAAAGAAGAGCCGAAGAAAGUCCAAGAUGAAGGUGAUCUGCUACACUUGGGCGACGAUGCGCCGACCACCGAAGAACACGGCGACAGAUUGGCGCUGGCUUUAUUCAACGGGCCACCGGCAACAACCACCUCGACUGACGGUCCCACGCCGUGGGAGGCAUUUAAAGGCGACUGGGAGACGGCGUUGGUUCAGUCUACCAGCUAUUUGUCGAACCAGAAGGCAUCCCUCCCCGGAGGCUUCGACACAUUGACUCUUGACGGGAUGUACCAGCAAGGGGCAAUGAAUCAGGCUGUGGCUGCUGCUGGCGUGUUGGCCACUGGGAGCGCCAGCAGCGUUGCGCUCGGUUCGGCUGGAAGGCCGGCCAUGUUGGCGUUGCCAGCCCCGCCUUCAGCUGAUGGUGCUGCUUCGAAUUCGUCGGUUCUGACCGACCCUUUCACCGCCUCCCUCGCCAUCGCUCCACCAGCGUACGUGCAAAUGUCCGACAUGGAGAAGAAGCAGAGACUGUUAGUCGAAGAGCAACUAAUGUGGCAGCAUUAUCAUCGCGACGGGAUGAAAGGGCAAGUCAGUUUAGCUAAAGCACAACCGUAUCCAUAUCACUACGCCUAAAUGCAGGUAAAAAUCUUUGAGAUAGUAUUUUUUUUGGAGUCGGGAUGUGGUGGUUCAAUUCAAGCGACAGGUUUACGAUGCUAUCCUAUCGAUUAUGUAUGUAGUAAAAAACACAGAGUUACAUCUGUUUCUUGCAGUGUAUGUAAUCUAUAUAGCUAUUCUUGGCUCAAAUGUAAUGAAUAUGUGUAAUAUAUAUACGAAAAAAUGAACAAUC